AUGGGAAAUCUUUCAUCAACCCAAGUGAGAGAGCUCAUCGAGGAGGAACUCUCUCCUUCUCUCAUUGAAUAUCAAUACAUGUUGAGUCCCGAAUAUUCACGAAAAUGUUCCUAUGCUUGUUGCAAAAUGAAAACGGAAGGAAGAAAAUUAUUUAACAAAACUCGAACAUUCAUGAAGAGUCAUGCCACGAGUAGUAUGAAUAAUGGCAAUUUUGGAAUGAUGAGUGGAUCUACUACCGCUAGUACUAGUACUGAAAUUAGUAAUUUAUUGGGAUCAUCAAUUUCUCAAUGCCCACAACAACAACAACAGCAGCAUCACCACAUACUUUUUUCUUCAUCAUCAUCGCCGAGCUCAGCAUCCAACAUGUCACCAACAUCUCCUCCACCACUUUCACUCAUGAAUGACGAAAUAAAUGUCGUGGUACGAGUCAUUCCAAAACAAAUUGGGGAUUAUGGAAAGAGCAACCAUUCCAUUCGUAUUGCUUUACAUUAUUCGCUUUGUCAAUUUUACAAUUUAAAUCAAAAGUUGUUGGAUGCUUCAUAUUACGAGGAUUUAACAGAAACAUGUGUAUUAUUUGAUGGACCUUUUAUUCCAAAGCAAGCAAACAUUCCACUCCUGUAUGACGUUUAUGAAAGUAAGAGCGCAUGGUUCGUCGUUCAGGAAAUGUACAAUUAUACUUGGGAAGAAUUAAUACAAUUUAAUAAGGUUCUUCUCGAAACAGACGAUAUACGGAGAAGAUUUUUAUUUUAUCAAUUAUUGCAAAUUAUUUCGUAUUGCCACAAAAACAAUUUUGCUCACGGAAAGUUAAUUCCAAAUAAUAUUCUAGUGAAUGAAAUGUUAUGGAUUUCUCUCAUUGGACAGGAUUUUCUCCAUUCGCCUGUUCUAUUUCCAAACGAAAUAGGCUCUCCUUCACAGAACAUUUCACAUGACCAAAAAAUUACAAAAUCCCCUCACACUUCAAUUCCUCAUACUAUUAACAUUUGUGCAGAAAGUUCGAGGCGAAAAGAUAUUGUCAUUCUGUGGCAAGAAGGUAAAAUAUCAAAUUUUGAUUAUUUGAUGAAAUUGAAUGCAUUAGCUGGAAGAAGAGUCGGUGAUCAUCAAUAUCAUCCAGUUCUUCCAUGGGUCAUCGAUUUUGAAGUAGAUCCAACAGAUCCAAAUGCUCGCGUUGAAUGGAGAGAUUUAACAAAAACAAAAUUCAGACUUACCAAAGGAGAUGAAAUGUUAGAUUUCACCUAUCAAUCGCCCGACAAUCCACAUCAUGUUACUGAACCUCUUUCUGAAAUUACCUAUUUCAUCUAUAAGGCAAGACGCGUUCCCAUCAGUGCUUUAAAGAAACAUGUUCGACAAAAUUAUGAACCAAAGGAAUAUCCAACAUCUCUUGCGAGAAUGUAUCAUUGGACUCCUGAUGAAUGUAUUCCAGAAUUUUUCACUGAUCCCAAAAUAUUUACUUCGAUCCAUAGCGACAUGGAGGACUUGGCGAUUCCUUCGUGGGCUUCCUCCCCUGAAGAUUUCAUUGAAAAGCACAAGGCAGCUCUCGAGAGUGAAUAUGUGAGUCAAAAUUUACAUCACUGGAUUGAUCUUAUCUUUGGUUACAAACUCAGUGGGCAACAUGCAAUUGAGGCAAAAAACGUGAUGUUAAGAAAAGAGAACAAUGAUUUAUACCCAUCUCGAUUUGGAUUUGUUCAACUCUUCCAUGAACCUCAUCCACCGAGAAAAAUUCUCAGCGCAAACAUCAUGGAAAGAAUGCAAAUGUAUGAAUGCUCUGUGAAAUUUAGCAGUAGAUAUUUUACAAGUUCAGCGUAUCAUGUCAUUUCAAUUCUUGAGAAAAUGAACCGAACACAAAUUCUCUCAAAAGCAGAACUUUUCAACGAUGACAUGUUUGCAGUGGGAUGCCUACUUGCAAGUCUUUAUAUCUUUGAGCCACUCUUCAAUUCUAGAUCUCUUGAAAGAUACAUUCGAGAAAAUGGCAUUACUGGUCAACAAGCAGAACUACCAUCUUUAAAACGAAUAAGCCAACCUGCUCGAUCUAUUGUCGAAAAAUUGAUUGAUUUGAAUUUAUCCAAAGGCAAGAAGGCUCUCUAUAUUUAUCAAUCCAAGAAAUAUUUUCCAGAAUACUUCAAGUAUUGUCAUUGGAUUUUAUCCAAUCUCUAUUUAUUUCAGAGCCAUCUAGAGAGAUAUAACUUUGUAUUGAAACAGAUUCGACCUGGUAGUUCACAAGAAUUUUCGGAAAGUAUCAUGACUUUACCAUCAGAUGCUCUCGAUUUGCUACUUCCUCAUAUUCUUCACAUGUUUUUUGUGAAGCGAAUUGAGAAGAGUUCACAAAAUCAAUUUGCUCAUGUCCUUCCAUGGUCCUAUGGCAUUGAAAUCUUAAGAAGUAUGGUUCGUUACUCUCGAGAAAAGUUUCUUUCCAAAUUCAAAGAGUGUGACUCCGCAAAGAAGAUCCUCAAAUUACGUCUCUAUCAGCUCUAUAUGGAAAAUGAAAGAAUUGAGAGUCUCUUGAACAGUACUUGUGAAGAGGAACAAGAAAUUCACAGACAUGAGCUUGAGAGUCAUCACACAACGGAGUCUCCAACUUCUUCCUCCAACAACAUAAUUGACAAACAGUUGAGAAAAGACCUCUUGUUACUUCCAUUGAAUUUAUAUUCAUAUUCAUUCUCCUCAUUAAUAUAUCAUGUGAUUUUAUCAGAUAUUACUCAAAAACCAUACAACAAGGCCUCUCAGACAUCAUCCACCACAUACUCUGAAGGUAUCACUAACCCUACAUCGAAUGAUCAGAAACGUCUCUUCCUCGAACAAUUGCUUCCCUUCUUUAUUGAAGGAAUAUUCAAUAAUUGUAAAAACAAUCCUCAAAUUGCGAAAAAGAUUUGCACCACUCUAGCAAAGCUGUGUAAUGAUUUUGGAGUAAUCAUUACCAUCCAAUAUAUAUUGGAUCCUUUAAUUUUAAAGCUGAGGAAGAAAAUGAAAAGUUAUUUAUUUGAUGAAAUGAUCUUCCACUUGUUGAAUAGCUUGGGACUGAAUUUAGGAUAUAGCACGUUGGGAACUUAUUUAAUGCCCAAGUUCUUCUCCAUCAUUCUUUCAGAGAUCAAAGCAGCUGAAGCAGGAGUUCCUCAAUCUUCUGAAAAUAUCAAAACAAAUAUUUUCAACAUGAUCGAUUUAUUAGAGAAUAUUUUAGAACGAACACCCAAUCAGACUUCAGUAGUGAAUACGAUCCUUCAGGGAAAUCAAGUCAUGAUCAAUAAUAUCAUGGAUGCAGUUUACAGUGUGACACUCUCAAGUGAGACCACAGUUACCUUGGACUUUGUUGUAAUAUUAGGCAUUUUUGAAAAGUUUUGCCACUUUUUGUGUAGAAUGUUUCAUAUGUGUGAUUUGAAGGUUAGGAUUCAAAUAUUCCAAGGAUGUAAAUCUGUUUUUAGAAAGAUAUUGAGCUCACCCAUUUAUCUGGAAGGUUAUUUCUCCCAGCAAUUAGCAGUGGCUCCGUCUUUUGUGAAUACAUCCAAAAAUCCAAUAGUGAGCAGUCAAUCAAUUGUCAGUAUUAGAUCGUUUUUUGAGAGAUUUAAGAGAAGUGAAUCACAGGUAAUUUCUGAUGAACAAAAGGCUCCUGAACUACCCUCCAACAAUGAAAAUGCUUUGAAUGUGGUGGAAGAAGAAAUCAUUUCCCCAUCCUCAAGUCGUGCUAGUGAGAACCCAAUUCCCGAAAAAGAAGAAGAAAUUCCGUGUGGAUUUAGAAAUGAUAAUCAUUUCAAGAUUGGAUGUGUUUUGUAUCGAGAAUUGUGUUGCGUUUUUGGAAAUUCAACCAUGAGAGAAGCUGUACUGAACAGCAAAAUGUUGGAAGAUAAUAUUACAAAGGACCGAUUGAAUUUCACAAUAGAACAGCAACAGACAGAGAAUGAUGCUGUUGGAAGCAGUGUUGAUGAUAUCUCAAAAUCUUCACAACAACUUCCAAACAAGAUCAUUUAUUCGAAAGGAAAGAAAACCAUGAAUGAAAAGAGUUCCUGGUACGUUCAAAAUCAACUCCACAGUGGUCGACUUUUUGAAAGACACUCCUCUUCAAGCAAUUUUGACAGAGAUAUGACAGAUGUAAAGUUUAAAGGAAUACUAGAAUACGAAAUCUUUGACACCAAGUUCAAUGAUCUUUCAUUGAGGUGUAUUGAUGUUAGUCCUUCUGAUGAACGAAUAAUUCUAACAGGAGGUGGAUUAUUGAGACAUCACUCCAACCCUGUUGUCAAACUGUGGAACUUGGAGUCAUCUUCAUUAGAGGGUACUUAUCUUUGUUAUCAAAAUACUGGAACAAACAACAAGCAGUUAUUUAGAUCUCAUGUUGAUAAGGUUAAAUUCAUAUCUGACAAUAGAUUUUUAUGUAAGGACAGUGGAGGCAACAUUCACUUAUUUGAUGUAGAAACUACAAAGUAUUUGUACACUAUUGGAGCUGGAACACCAAGCUUGAAUCAAGAACUGAACGGCACCAUGAAUUUUAUUACAUUCGAAACUUUGACAAACAAUCUGAAUGUUCUGGUUGCCAGUAGUUAUUCUUCAGUUCCUACUGUUCAGUUCUAUGACUUGCGACAACCGUCAGAGCAUUGUGCAUUCGAAUGGAAAUUAAUUGCAAAUCAGUCCUCUCACAGCAUUAAUAUGAUGUCUUCAACUUCCUCUGCUGUUAUUGGAGAGCAUAAUAUUCGAUGUAUUUCAAAAUGUCAUCCACGUGAUAAUUUCCUUGUGGUUGGUUUAGCGAAUGGUGUGGUCUUUUCUUCUUGA